GGAUGAAGUUGGCUGAUGGCCACAGAAGCUAACGGAGCCAACGAAGCUACAGAAGCCACCGUCGAUUACUAGCGAGCGCAACUGGCGGACGCGUUUCAGUCGCUUCUGCGCGCGCGCGCACUUCAAACGCAUCUUGGAAAAUCGCUGGCGCAUUCGUUUUGUGACUUCUUUUUGUUUUGUGACCAUUAUUUAUUUUGAUUUGCCCACCAGCUAGACAAUGAGGAAUCUCUGCUGGCUACUGGCUGUUCCCAUCGCAAUCCUGCCCUUGGGCUGUGCCAUUGUGGGUGCAGGUCGCGAUCUCCUGCUGACGCCGAAGCAAGGACACCAGCUGAGUGGCAAGCGCAUCUUCUACGAGGAGCCGACGGAGGAAAGGGUCCUGGAUCAGCGGCGCAGUUCGUCGGAGCGUCCUUGGGAGCGGACAUUGAAGCACGUCACUUACGUGACCCUCUUCACGGAUGCGGCCGUGGGCGCAGCAGCUGGAAAUCUAAGCCAGCUGCACGGGUAUCACGACUUCCUGCAGACACCAUAUGUGCUGGCGGAUGAGCAGAGAGGAGCGCCAUCCGCGCGCUUUGGCGACAUCAUGACUCUGGCCAGGGGCUAUUUGGAACAGCUGCCAGGAGCAGCUGCCAACGGAUCCUAUCGCUUCGUGGAGGGCGGCACGUGUUUCCAACUCAAUUGCCCCACCUCGAAUAGCAAGCAGCGACGGGCGUUGUGGCAGGUGCAGCGCAUCCGUCAUCGGGACGGGGACAAGGGUCGUCACUACCACUACGAGAUGAAGUUCAGUGUGACACCGCUGGACCACACGGCCUGGCAGCCGCAUCACCACCAGAUGAGCUACAUCCAAAAGGAGUCCGACUAUCCGCGAAGCUUCGGGCGUUUGGCGCACGACCAGGAUUUCGCCCAGCGCCGUCAGGAUAGGGAGAGAUAUGGCGCUGCAGCCGGUGGAAGCGGUGGAAACGGUGGAAACGCGGAGCAGUCGCAGGCCACCUUUGUCCAUGGCAUUUUUCAGCCAGCUCCGCCGCCAAAACUCAACAUUGGUGAGUAUUUGAAGGGCGCUGUGGCGCAAGGCAGUCCAAAAAUCGAGCUGUUUCCGGGACUGCUCAAUCUGGGACUGCGCCCCAAUUAUGUCGUCCCGACUACUUUUCGUCCGAGCUAUCCGGCUGCGCUGAAAUUUGGCCCUCAUCCGGAAUUGGAAAGAUUCCCAAGCCACAACAGUGAAUUGGGCAGUGUGGGUCAUGUUGGAAAUGUUGCUUCUGCGGCCCCUGGGGAAUUGGCAUCCAUUCCGGGCGCCAUAACCCAUCAUUUCCAUCAUCAUUUCUAUGUGGCACCUGGUGCCGGCGAUGCCCAACUGCAUCCGGAGUUGGGCUACCGAUUGCCAAGCUCCUCGCCUCCUGAACCAGCCCCACCGGCUGGCAAUACAGCCUCAAACUUAUAUGCCCACCAUCAGACAGUGCAGUUUCCCAGCUCCAAUUCGGGUUCUACGGAAUCUCUGGAGGAACAGGAGCAGGAUUUGCUGUUGCGCGCACCCCAAAUUUAUGGGCAGGCAUCCAAAUAUCAAACAGCCAAGCUGCCACCCUUGCUUAUCUAUGCGGCCGGCAGUGCUGGCGAUGAGGACAAGUCCUUUGUGCAAAGCGAACCGCUGGAGGAGACCGUCUAUCGCUAUUCCGAGCCGGAUCCCUUAUAUGUGCACCAGAACCCCAUCGAUGUGCUGCAGGAUAAGCAGCCGCAGGAUGGGGAAACCGCGAAGGGACAGCAUCACGUGCAGGACAGGGACCAAAAGCGAGGGGAACAGCGGCCAGCGGUCAGCUUGGAGCAACCGGAACCGACCACAACCGUAGCGGCAACCACCCCAGCAGCGCCAUCCCUCAGCGCCACAACCACUGAGACUGCGAGUACUGAGAGAUCCACACACGUCGUCCCCACUACGAGUGCCAGUUUUGUGUCCACCUCCACGCACUUCAGUCCGUUGCGCUCCAUUAGUAGGUAUCGCACCACGCCAAAGAUAACAGCUGGACGAUCCACCACAACCACUACAUCCACCAGCACGGAACCGCCGCUGAGUAAGUGGGCCAAGCGUCGAAAGGAGCAGGACAGCAAGGCCAAGAGCAGUCAUCGCCACGAAGCCUUCGUUAGCACCACUUCCAGCACCAGCACCACAACUUCCACCACGCAAACUCCGCCGUCCACAACCGCUGCAUCCGCUCGUGUUCCAUUGGCGCCGCCACUGCCGCCGGCACCUCCCAAGGAAGUGGUGGAGGUGCUCACCCAGAAAUCGGUCAGUCGAUCCGUUAGCAUCAAGGUGGGCGAGAACGGCGAGGAGAUACCCAUCAUUGUGGACGACGAGGAGAACGAGGUGAAGCCAGUGCUGAAUAAUUAGCCUACCCUAUCGAACCUAAAAUCCUAAUUAUCCCAUAUGUAAGCCUAGUCGUAAGCAGACAUAAUCGCACAAUAAAUUCAAGUAAUCCGUACGGCAAGG